AUGGCAGAGGGAGGUGUGACAGAUCUAGUCUUGGAUGAGACCCAGAAGGAACUUCAAGAAUGUCCUAUCUGUUACACUGAGUACAAGGAUCCUAGGAAGCUAGACUGCUCACACAGCUUCUGCCUGAAAUGUCUGCAAGAACUCAAACUGACACAAAAUAAGGACGACAAGAAUAUCGUCUGUCCGUUGUGUCGAAAGGAAACUGCCCUGACAGAAGCUGGCGUGGACAUGCUACCUGGAGGAUCAAAGGAUGUCAAUCAACAGGAACAGACUGAAGGUCAGGGGUUAAAAGUCAUGUGUCAGGCAUGUGAUGAGGCGGAGAACGAAGCUAUUUCUCGAUGCAUGGAUUGCAAGCAUUAUCUCUGUCAAGAAUGCCAGAAGGCGCAUAAUCGAUUUGCAGCACUGAAGAGUCACAAGAUUGUAGCUUUGACAGAGCUACCUGUUGAGCCCGAAGAAAUAACUGAGGAUACUGAACUCAAGAAAGUUCCCAAGUGUCGCGAGCACCCAGAUCAAGAUCUCUGUCUGUAUUGUAACACAUGUGAAGUCCUCAUAUGCAAUGAAUGCACAAACAUUGACCACAAAGGAUCCAUACAUUCUCACGUCAGCAUCGACCAGGCGAAAGCAGAAAAGGAAAUUGCCAAAAUCAGAGAGAAAGAACAACAACUCAAAAUGGAGGCCAGGGACAUUGCCACUAAACGAGAGAAACAAUUUGCAUAUGCGGUAACGUCUGAGAAGAUUCUGGGUAAAGUGAAUAAAGUGAUGACUACAGCAACGUGCUAUGAGAUCCUGGAGAACAAAAAGAAAAUGCUGCGGGAUUUGAAUGAGCAGGUGGAGGUGCAUAAGAGUUUGGAUAUCAAGCAUGGGAAGUCAUUCCUUGGCUUUAAGGAGAGUAAAGAGGAUGGUCAGUUUGGGACUCUGCUCUUGGAGGAGAAAUGGGAGACAGAUGUGGCCUUUUCAGAAUAUGUGCAAGGUAGAGACUAUCGACAUAUAGCAGCAUACUCCACAAGUGAAAUUGCUGUGGUACAGAGUGAUAAAUUGCUAACAUUGGGUAUAAAAGGGAAGGUGAUUUCUACAAAGACCUACAAACCUGACCCUGAUAAACCAAACGAACCCCAUGACCCUAAUGACAUACAGAAAGCAACAGCUCUAGCCAUCAACAAGGAUGAUCAACUUCUGAUCCUAGACAAUCCUGCAGUCAAGAUCUUCAACAAGGAAUACCAGCUCCUUCAUCAGUUCCUACCGGGUAAAGAGGCCGGCGUGGAUGGAAUGCCGACGUGCCUGGCAGUGGACAGCAGCAAUCUGAUAGCAAAACACAAUCUUCAGCAAGAUAAACUUCCCAACCAAGCCUUCUUUGUAACUUAA